CUGGACUCAGAGAGAAGUCAGCACCCAGACAGUGUGGCAGGCAAAGAGUAGGUCAGAGCUCUCUGAGGGGGCCCUGACCGCUGACCAUGGGGCCAAUGCACUGAGGGCCCCCCAGACAAAAUAUAAAAACCAAAGAGGAGUGGAAAAUAAUCAAGAAUACGAAGAAAAGCUUAGAAAAAAAAAGACUGACAGAGAAGAACAAUGGUUGCGGAGGAAGUGAUAAUUACAUUGUCCGGUGGAGCGCCAUGGGGGUUUCGUCUCCAGGGAGGUGUGGAACAUCAGAAGCCACUCCAAGUGGCGAAGGUGCGUAAACGCAGUAAAGCAUGCAGGGCUGGGCUGCGGGAGGCUGAUGAGCUGGUCUCCAUCAACGAACAGCCAUGUGGAACGCUAUCCCAUGCCCAAGCCAUGAACCUCAUCGACAGCUCCUCUGGGAUAUUGCACAUCCGGGUCAAAAGGGCGCCUGCUGGUUUUCAGUCUGUGGUGCUUGUGACCCGUGCCCCAUCUCCCCGUAUAGACAAAGAGUACCGUGCUGCUCUGCGUGCCAUGUCACCCGCCCAUUCCCACCAUGCACCUGUCCGUGAGGUCCACCGUAGCCGCUCCUCUAUAACCAGUGGCUUGACAUCUCCACCUGGUAGCGAGGCUUACUACGGUGAGACUGACAGUGAUGCAGACGUGGCGGGCUAUGAGAGGCAGCGCCGACAGAAACGCCGCAGCCCCAGCAACUCUAACCCUGGGAAACCGACAGGACGAGCCUCCCCUGAGGGCGGGGAAACAUCAGAGAUGAGUGGCUAUGACAGUGCUCCAGAUGCACACGUUUACCCCUCUUUGUUGGAUGCACGUGGGGGAGACGGAGAUGGAGGAGGGGGGCUACCGGGGGUGGCAAGGAGGGAGGUGAUAUAUCAGCCUCCUGGUCCAGGAAUGUGGUCCUCCCAGACAUCCACUGAGACCUCCUCCAUCAUCUCCUCAGCAGAUGACCAGGGGCCACGGGAUGGGGGGCAAGAGGAGGACAGUGGCUUUCUAGAGCCAGCCAAUGUGCCACUGGUAUCCCCUGAGAGGGCAAAGGAGGCCUUGAUGCUGGGCUCCCGCAGCCAGCUUGUGCCCAUGGUGGGUCCUGUGAAUAAACCCAUCGACGAGGAGCUUACAACAACCUACAUGGAAAAAGCCAAGCAAGCCAAACUGAACAGAGGAGACACAGUGCAAGACAAGAAUGUAAAGGAAGCCAAAAGCAAGUGUCGAACAAUUGCAUCCCUGCUGACUGAUGCUCCCAACCCUCACUCCAAGGGGGUACUGAUGUUCAAGAAGAGGCGGCAGCGCUCUAAGAAGUACACCCUCACCAGCUUUGGUAGUGUGGAUGAGGACACGUGUCGGGACUCACAAGAGGAGGAUGGGGUAUUCCCUGGAAGCGAGUCAGAGUUUGAUGAAGAUGGCUUCUCAGCAGUUCCUGACCCAACUUGGGAUAGUGACUACUUGGAUAUGCUGGAGAAGAGGGCAACUGCAGGAAGUGAAGGUCGUGGGGAUGGGGCAGAGGACGCUCCAAGUCCAGGGUUGAGUGACACUACAGGCAAGGGUGCCCAAUUGUUUGAGCAGCAAAGAAAGAGAGCUGCUGAGCAUGCCAAAAAGGUGGAGGCAGCACAGCCACAGGCUCAUCCACAGUCUCAAGUCCAAGAGCAGGCUCAGUUGUACCAGAUGCAUGCAGAAAUACAACCACAGAUGCAACCAAACCUCCAACCACAGCAGAUUAUGCCACCUGGGCCUACAACGCUACAGCAAGAACUCUCCCAGGGUCCAGGUCUAGUUGCUGUUGGUACCCAUGGGGUGUCUAAUGGGGAUCUAUCCUACUCUGCAGUUAGCACAGCUAGCAUGGUGAUGUCACCUCCACCUGUGGCACCCAAACCAGCCACUGCUUCAGUGACUAUUCUGACCAGUCCUGCACCAUCAGCUGAAACACCAUUACCUGAGCUACCUGCUAGUAAUGUUCUAAACAGAACGGCACGUCCUUUCACUCCUGGCUUCAUCAGCAUCCGAGCUGCAACUGCCCCUGUAACGUUCCGACCAUCCGUCACAAAAACGACCCAGCGUCCUGCCUCAGCAGCUGUUUUGCCACCACCUUUCUCCACUGCCUCUGAACAAGCCAUUAAUGCUACAUCAGUAACAUCACACUUACCCCCUGGUCCUCCAUUAGUCCUCUCCCCACCAUCCACUAUACCUCAAGGCCCCUUGGCUCCGACACCAGAAGCUCCAGUUACCUUUCAUCCUCCAGCAAUCUCUACCUCUGUAGAAACAAUACAGCCAGCAUCAUCAAUAACUACUGUUCAUCAGGCUCCAUUUGCAACUGUGCCCCCAGUGUCUAUGUCAUCCAUACCAUCUCCACAAGCACCAAUGGUUCAAGUCCCUGUUCCUCCUGUAUCCCAAAUUCCUGGUUCAGCUGACCCAGUUGCCCCAGUGUCUCCACUUCAAGUGCCAGUUUCUCACCCGCCUCAACCACAAUUUUCCAUGGCACCUGUAGCUCAAGUGUCAGUGGUCUCCCAGCCAGAAGCUGUAGCUCCAACCCCUGUUCCUGGUCCAACAGGUCGCACAGGAAUCUUGCUCGAGGCUCGACGGCGUAGUGGCAAAGUCAAAUCUAUGUUCAAUGUGCCAGAUGUCAAAAAGAACUCCCCCAAUCCUGAGCUACUGUCUAUGGUGCAGAAUCUGGAUGACAGGUCCACCCGAUACAAAUAUGGCCAACCACCCGCUGAGGCUAACUAUGAUGUUGCAGAGGAAGAGAGGAGUGGUGAGGCUGGCAUGGGGAGGGUGCCUCCUCCAGUGGCACCCAAGCCUCGUGUCAUCCACGAAGUCCCACAGAUUAUUCAAGCAGGGGGUAAGGGGGCCCAGCUGUUUGCCCGCAGGCAGAGCCGCAUGGGUAUGUAUGUAGUGGACACCCCAUCUGAGACCCCAUACCAGCAAGAAAUGGCUUUGCAUAAUGCAGCCCAGCCCCUUGACUCUUCCCUCAAUCCUUCCCUUCCCUCUCAGUGGAAAUACUCCCCGAAUGUUCGUGCCCCUCCACCCAUUGGGUACAAUCCACUACUGGCUCCCUCAAUCCCUACAGGGCCUCAGAGAGAUGCAAGCAAGCCAGACAGUAGGGGCAGUGGAGGCUCCCAAAGAGAGGGCAUCAAAGCUCUGGAUUUCAUGAGAAGGCAGCCCUACCAGCUCAACUCUGCCAUGUUCAACUAUGGGGGAAGUGCUACUAAUCUAUCAGCCAUGCCUUCUUACCAGGCCCAGAGGCAUCAGCAGGGUCAUUACUCAGCAACAAUGGUGGGAAGUUCAUUAACCCCGCCUAAACAGGUCCCCCUCAAAACAGCCCGUGUCUAUGAGAUCAAGCGAUUCUCCACACCAACACCCAUGUCAGCUCCCACUUUGGCUCCCAAAGUCAUUGCACCUCGCUCAGCCACAACCCUUGGAGAACGUUUGACUCACUCCAUGACCUCCCCACCUCCUGUCCAUUUCACUCCCUGCCCGGCCCCUCUCCUAACACCAGCAGUAGUCAGUGCCCCAACCCCAGUUUCACCUCCCUCCCAACCAGCUGGACUGCCCAGCCUCCCAAAAUUCUCUGCCACCCCUAUUCCAAACCCAGUGCCCCCUGCAGUCCCUACCCCUUACACUCCAGUAUCCUACACUACUGGCCUCCAGACAGCCAAGCAGUUCCAGAGUGCUCCAGAGCUCAGUAUCCUUUCAUCUUUGCCCCCAGUCAAAUCCAAUGCAGUUCAGGCACCUAAACCACGUUUUGUUGCCACCAAGGGAGGCAUCCAGCCCCGUGUCUGGAGGCCAGGGGCAAUGUGAACAGCAGUGACUCAGUCACUACCACCCUUGGACAUCUUCAUGUAAUAUUAAUUUAGUGCAGACAUGACUAGUUGAUUAUUGACAAAAUACUAAUCAACAAUUUUGUUAAUUGGAUCGUUGUUCAGCAAAAAAGUCAAAUAUUCACUGGCUUCAACCUCUCAAAUGUGACAAUUUUCUGCUUUUCUAAGAUUAUUGUAAAUGGAAAAUCUUUGGGCUUUGGGUGGUUGGCCGAACAGAAAACAAGCAUUUUGAGUUUAUCACCUUAGGUUUGGGAAGUUGUGAUGGGCAAUUCUCUAAGAAAUUAACUGAUUAAGCCCUGCAUUGAAGUAAUUUAAGCUGCAAAUUCAGCUGUAAACAUAAGGCAAUGUCAUGAUUCAGUAUGACAUUAAAAUCUAGAAAUCGGUCAAGUUUUUAAAAAAGUGUUAGAACUUGGAUAAUGGUAAUAGAUACAUAAAUGUCUACUUGCUGUUCAAAAUGCUGCUUAUCACAUUUAUUUUGCUACCAACACAUUUAUUCACAUGUUAAGCCGAGUGACAAUAAUAAUAAUAAUAAUGAUAAUAAAUAAUAAUAAUUAUGAUAGGGAAUAUAUUAGCACAUAGUGUAUGCUGUAUAGUCCACCAUAUGCCUGUCCUGGGGGAGGUUUGUGUAAGGCUACUGGAGAUCUCUUUCUACUAAUUUAGCAGAAACACCAUCUAAACAGAGCCUGUACUGAAUUUUUCUUUGAAACUUGAAGUGAAGAUAUUGAAAAUGAAUAGUUGCGGUUCUGACCGUAGGAUUAAAUCAUGUUGACAGGUGGAGGUGGAUAAAGCCUUUUAUCUCUGAACAUGUAUUCUGUUAUUCAGAUACUUGUACUACUAAAUGAUGUGCACAAAAUGUUUUUUACCCACUCUGUAUCAUUAUCAAGAAGAAGCCUAUGAUGACCUAGUCUCCAGGGGUUAAGAUGAUGCAUGACCAGUUGAAAAUUGUAUUGUGGAACUACAUGUGAAGACAUGGUUCACUCUUGCGAAGUGUUAGUGAGGUUGUGCCAAAUAUCUCUGCUCACUAUAGCCAGAGAGAAAUCUUUUUAGCAUGGGUCACAUUCAAGAGUACCCGGGCUGUCACUGAAUGUACACUUGUCACUGGAUAUCACAGCUUCCAAUUGCCCCUUAGGCACACCAGAGCCUCCUUAGUAUCAGUGUGAUCUUUGCAGAUAUAUGUAAAUUCUUUAACUUUUAUUAAACAAAUAACACAGAUGAA